GGCAUGUAAAUAUGACGGACCCCACUAGUCUGACUCAUCAGGGAUUAUUGUUCCUUGAAAGGAAAUAUAACAAAGCCCGACGAACGAAUCUGAUGAAGCACAGCGUCUGAGAAGCUUCAGUAUUGAGAACCUGGUUCGCGACCUACCACCGAUUUCAAACAUGGCUGCACACUGGCGAGACGGCGCCAUGGAGCCCAUCUGGAAGUUCGUCGAGCAAUACAUGUCACAAUUCGACGCGUCGCACGACUUCCAUCACAUCAAACGCGUCGUCGCGCUAGCAACCACGAUCCUCGAAGCCGAGCAAAAGGUGCAGACCGAAAUUGCGUACAACAAGGACAUCGUCCUCCUCGCAGCUCUCCUCCACGACGUCGGCGACAAGAAAUACGAAUCCCCGGGCUCCGCGGACGCGAACCGCAUCCACGACCUCCUCGCCACGCACGGCGUGCCCUCGGACAUCGCGUCAGCGGUCCAACUCGUCGCGACGACGGUCUCAUAUAGCUCAGAGGUCAAGAACCCGGGGGCGGUAACGGAGGUGCUCGCACGGCACCCGGAGCUCGCGAUCGUGCAGGACGCGGAUCGACUGGAUGCGAUUGGGGCGAUUGGGAUCGGGCGGGUGUUCACUUAUGGGGGAGCCAAGGCGGGGGAGCGCGGGAUGCGAGGGUGUUUGGAGCAUUUGGAGGAGAAGCUGGUGCGCCUGGAGGGGAUGAUGAAGACGGGGACAGGGAAGCAGCUCGCGAGGGAACGGACGCGGCGGUUGGAGGUGUUCCAGGGAUGGUGGAAGGAGGAGUGGCCGGUUGAUGGGGAGUGAAUGGAUAUUUACGAUCGAAUGAUGACGCUAUGGAUUGACAACGGCUACUUCCGAGAAAUCGGGAUGGUGUAUCUCGAAUACCAGCAGCAUAUUAAACUAAGGAGACACUGUAGUUUGGCAGUGCGGGGGAAUGCAAGCUGUCGGAUUGUGUUGUGCAAGUGUUGAAGUGAGGCGGAUGCAGGCGUGGAAAAGGAUGGUUCUCGACCGCAGCACUAAUUACAACUAGAAUCUGAGGACCUGUGAAAUUGCCGCCGAAAAGAGCGGUUUC